GGGGCAUCUCCCGAUCUGAGGCAGCCCCCCCCCCCGCUACAGCAUGAUGACGACCAGACUGGGGGGGCUUUUCCUGUUGGGGUUCCUGACAGCAACUUGUAUGGCUGUACAGUUUGUUCCUGCAAAGACCUACGAGGACUGGUGGGCUUACAAGGAGACGCUCCACGGUAGCUUUGUGCCAGGUCCCCCGUUCUGGGGUCUCGUGAAUUCGGCUUGGAGCCUCUGUGCCAUUGGCAAACGCCAGUCCCCCGUGGAUGUCAACACGAGCCAAAUGGUGUUUGACCCCUUUCUUCCUCCACUUCGACUAAGCACAGGCGGGAAGAAGAUCAGUGGCACCAUGUACAACACCGGACGGCACGUCUCUUUCCGCCCGGACCCGCUGCAGCUGGUGAAUGUUUCCGGGGGGCCCCUUCUCUACAGCCACCGGCUCCAGGAGCUGCGCCUGCACUUUGGCAGCGAGGACGGGUUUGGCUCUGAGCACUGGAUCGAUGGCGAGGGCUACUCCGCCGAGGUGCAGCUGAUCCACUACAACCAAGAGCUGUACCCCAAUAUCUCAGAAGCCUCGCGCAAUCCCAACGGCUUGGCUGUCAUUUCCAUCUUUGCCAAUAUCGGGACAAGUCCCAAUCCAUUCCUAACCAGGCUGUUGAACAGGGAAACCAUUACCCGGAUCUCAUAUAAGAACGAUGCUUACCUCCUGCACGAUCUGAGCCUUGAAGAUCUUUACCCCGAGACCUUUGGUUUCAUCACUUACCAAGGAUCCAUGUCAACCCCUCCAUGUUAUGAAACAGCCACUUGGAUCCUUGUUGACCGACCCAUCAACAUUACCUCUGUACAGAUACACUCCCUCCGUCUUCUCAGCCAGAACCUCCCUUCCCAGAUUUUCCGGAGCAUGAGUGACAACUCCAGACCCCUGCAGCCUCUUUUACACCGAAGCCUUCGGGGCAACCGAGAUCCACGGCGCCCCACUCGGCGUUGCAAAGGGGCCAACUACAGGCUACACGUUGAUGGUACACGGCCUCCUAAAACUGUCAUGUAGCUGAAGCCUGUCGGAGCACGUUUUUCCUGUUGAAUGUUUGGGGGUGGCUGUCGCUCCCUCAAAAUUUGAUGUCUAACUGAGGAAGCUACAACCUCCUGCCUCUGGGUGACUCGCUUGUCCCCCACCAUGCAAAAGGGAAUUAAAAAGGGUGCCAGCGUGCAGGCGCAGGACAGCUUCCCUCCAGGGUGCCUCGGAAUGCAUUCGCCCCAUUAUGGCUCCUGGAGCGGUGGUACAAUGUGCCCGAGGCGAUCUAUCAGCAGAACGUGGCUUGCUGCUCACUGAUCAGCCGUAUUGUAAAAGGGAGUAGGGAGCCCCUGAAGCUUGAGGACUAGAAUGCUGCCUUCUGACAUUACCUCCCUGCUUUCCCAAACAAAAUAUCUUUUGUUGCAGACAUCAACAGAUGCAACGUAUCUGUGAAUCCCAAAGGCUAGGGAGAGAGAAUGUGCCCCAAAGUUUGGGCAGUCCAAGCAGUCUAUGCUGGACAGAUAUGUGUGUCCCAAGUGUGACACACCGCCCUCAGAAUAUUUGGCGGACAUAGAAAUGCAGGCGGGUCAUCUGGGUGUUCCCUGGAGCCAUGGGACACAGUAAAUGAAAGCAGGACUGUUUCCUCCAAGUGUUAAUUCCCCAAACCUCAAGGUGCUUCGGGGGCAGGGUGAACAUGCAGGGCUAUCUCACAGACCCCGAGUUCCUUUCAUUCAUUUGGGGGAGAGUCAUACACAUGGAACUUCACCCCACUUUCUGUGUAAACGGGAGAAUCUGGGGUGGACAAUACCAACAAGAGUCCCCUUCCCUAAUGCUCAGUUCAUCCUGUGUGGGUUGGGAGAACAGAAAAUGCGCAGGGACAUCAUGACGAUUUCUGAACAGCUUUUAAGACCCUUGGCUGGGAAGCAGGAGAGGGAAGGAUUUUGUUGCCAAAUGAAGCCACCUUUUGAAUACGAAUGAUUAUUAUUAUUAUUAUUAAUUAAAAGUCAAUUUUCAAAACAA